UCGGCUCCGGCCUCAGCUUCGGCCUCGGCCCGUUUCGCCUCCCGGAGCCGCGGCCGCGAUGGCUUCCGCGCGGGCACCGGCAGCGCGCGGCGGCGCCCGACCCCCCGUGCGGGCCCCAGCGCCGGCGGAGGCCACAAAGACCAAGCCUGCAGAAGAGAGCGAUGCUCCUCCACCCAAGAGAGCCCCCAUCUUCUAUGGCAGCUUGGAAGAGAAGGAGAGGGAGCGUCUGGCAAAGGGCGAAUCGGGGCUGGUGGGGAAGGAGGCGAUGAAGGCUGCGCUCGAGGCGGGAAACAUCAACAUCAGCAGCGGUGAGGUCUUUGAUCUGGAGGACCACCUGAGCGAGCGGCAGGCGGAGGUGCUGGCGGAGUUUGAGCGCAGGAAGAGAGCUCGGCAGAUCAACGUGUCCACCGACGACUCUGAAGUGAAAGCCUGCCUGCGGGCCCUGGGGGAGCCCAUCACACUCUUUGGGGAAGGGCCUGCAGAAAGGAGAGAAAGGUUGAGAAAUAUCCUUUCUGUGGUUGGCACAGAUGCACUGAAAAAGACCAGGAAGGAUGAUGACAGGUCUAGGAAAUCCAAAGACGAGUAUCAGCAAACCUGGUACCAUGAGGGACCACGCAGUCUGAAAACAGCGAGGCUGUGGAUUGCUGACUACUCACUGCCCAGGGCAGCGAAGCGGCUGGAGGAAGCCCGACUGAUGAAAGAGAUUCCAGAGGCAACCAGAACGUCACAGAGACAGGAGCUGCACAAAUCCCUGCGGUCUUUGAACAACUUCUGCAGCCAGAUCGGUGAUGAUCGCCCACUGUCCUACUGCCACUUCAGCCCCAACUCCAAACUCCUUGCUACAGCCUGCUGGAGUGGGCUGUGCAAGCUCUGGUCCGUGCCUGACUGCAACCUUGUUCACACCUUACGAGGACACAGCACCAAUGUAGGAGCAAUAGUCUUCCAUCCCAAAGCCACUGUCUCCCUAGACAAGAAGGAGGUUAACCUGGCCUCAUGUGCAGCUGAUGGGUCUGUCAAACUCUGGAGCCUUGAAAGUGAUGAACCAGUGGCAGAUAUUGAAGGCCACAGCAUGAGAGUGGCACGUGUGAUGUGGCACCCGUCCGGGAGGUUCCUGGGUACUACCUGCUAUGAUCACUCGUGGCGCCUGUGGGACUUGGAAGCUCAGGAAGAGAUUCUGCAUCAGGAGGGGCACAGCAAAGGCGUCUAUGACAUUGCCUUUCACACGGACGGCUCUCUCGCUGGGACUGGUGGCCUGGAUGCUUUUGGCCGUGUGUGGGACCUGCGCACAGGACGCUGUAUCAUGUUCCUAGAAGGCCACCUAAAGGAGAUCUAUGGGAUUAACUUCUCUCCAAAUGGCUACCACGUGGCAACUGGCAGUGGUGACAAUACCUGCAAGGUGUGGGACCUGCGCCAGAGGAAGUGCAUCUACACCAUUCCUGCCCACCAGAACCUGGUGACUGGGGUGAAAUUUGAACCCAAUCACGGGAACUUCCUGCUGACGGGCGCCUACGACAACACCGCCAAGAUCUGGACUCACCCCGGCUGGUCCCCGCUGAAGACACUGGCGGGGCACGAGGGGAAGGUGAUGGGACUGGACAUCUCCCUCGAUGGCCAGCUGAUAGCAACCUGCUCCUAUGACAGAACCUUCAAGCUCUGGACAGCUGAGUAGCUCAGAGGUGCUGCUGCUGCUCAUCUGAAGAUGUAAAUACCUUUGACUUGCUGUUUGUAGGAGAGAAAAGCAAGGGCUGAGCUGCUGCCCCCCAGGACUGGCACCGGCUGCUCUGGGGCUGAGGCAGCUCUGUGCCUGUGUCUUUCAGACCUUGCCUGGGGCUCACAGCUUGGGGAAUGUUCUUCCAGUUUUUAGGACUUCAUUUUCACACUGCAGAUACUGCUUUGUGCUGCCAUUUGGAGGUGAUGCAUCUGCUUCCACCCUCCCUUGCACGCUGGGCUCAUGGCUUUUGUCCAGUCUGUUUGAAACAUUCGUAGGGGAGGGGAUGGUGCUCAGCCUCUGCUAAUACCCUUCCUCCCUUUACAUUUUCCAGGAGCCCUUGGUAGGAGUCUGAGACUUCAAACUUGAUUUGCAUUUAAAGAAAAGAAAAACUAGCAGUCAGAGGAGUAUGGUGCCCUGCUGCCCCUGCCUCUGCAAAGGCAGUCUCUGAAGGUGCAGGUCUGUACCCAUUUCACAUUCACUCACAGCAGAUGCUAAAAGGCCAGGGAGGUUUUUCAUUUUCCAUGUACAAGCUCCUUGAGCCAUCUCAUGAACUGGGUCAUUCAAGUCCACACAGGCAUCUCCUGGUGAGGUCUGUGCUGUGUCUCACCUAGGCUGGUGUGAGGAAGCUGCUGCAGUGUAGGACUGUCCUGUGUCAGCUCACACUGGGGGGAGGUUUCUCAUUUGUUGUUCUAAUUGAGGUUUUGCAAAGGUUGUGUUCUGGAAAGUGAAAACAUGUUCUGAAUGUGCACCUCACCCUCUGGCUCUGCCUCAGGAUGGAGAAGUGACAGGUUCUUCACCACUCACACUUGGGUUUCUGUCUGCUACUGUAAAAAAACCUUCAGGAGGAAAGACAAGAUCAAUUCAUCUCCCUGUUUUCAGCUGAAGAGCAGCUGUAACCUAAACACAGUUCUGUUCUCAACA